GGCAUCUCGCACCGUCCCUACGGCCUCGACUGGAUCCACUUUGAGCGCCUCAUGUACCGCCUGAUGAUCCUCCACGGCCAGGCUCGCCCGGGCGACCGCAUCCCCGCCGACCCCUGGGUGUUAUUCCUGGACCGCUAUGCGCCGCGCUCGGUGCGCCGCUCCCCGAGCGAGGAGGGGCGCGUCGAGGUCGCCUACUUCCCCAGCUCGAUCCUGCUGUCGUCU